UUUAAAAGUGCCUUCUUAACUUUUAAGCGUCUAACAUGUACGAGCUAGUGCUUCUUCUCGGUACAUUAACCUUAGUCUUCUAUAUCUGGCAAAGGAGAACCUUAUCCUUUUGGAAGCGCCAUGGAGUAAAAUACAUCAGUCCGCUGCCUAUUUUCGGCUGCACCCGGGACUUUUUGAUCGCAAGAGUGCCGUUUUUCGAGCAAAUCCAAAAAUUUCAUGAAGCCCCUGGCUUCGAGAACGAGCCUUUCGUUGGAGUAUACAUGACUCAUCGUCCGGCUCUUGUAAUUCGCGAUCUAGACCUUAUUAAGACGGUGAUGAUCAAAAAGUUUCAAUACUUCAACAACCGCGCACUGCAAACUGACCCACACAACGACGCCCUUGGAUAUAACAACCUCUUCUUUGCACGAAGCCCAGAAUGGAGGCAGUUACGCACAAAAAUCUCUCCAGUUUUUACGACUGGCAAGAUCAAGCAAAUGUACCCUCUAAUGGUGAAGAUUGGAAAGAACCUGGAGGAUAGCGUCGAACGCCUAGGCAGUGGUACUGAAGUCCAAGUCAAGGAUCUUUGCGCCCGAUUCACCACUGACCUAAUAGCGACUAUAGCUUUUGGCGUCGAGGCUAACGCUCUGCAGGACACCAAGAGCGAGUUCUUCUACCACAAUAAGGCUAUAUUUUCGAUCACUUUAAGUAGGGCCAUUGACUUUGCCAUUAUUUUUAUGCUUCCUUCUCUGGCGUCACUGGCCCGUGUGAAACUCUUUUCUAAGGAAACCACCAAGUUCAUUCGGUCCAGCAUCAACUUCGUACUAACGGAGCGCGAACGGACAGGCGAAAAGCGAAACGACCUCGUCGACAUUCUUCUUGCUAUUAAGCACGAGGCUGCUGCCAACCCGAAAAAGUUGUCAAAGGAGUUUGACUUGGACUACUUAGUUGCCCAGGCAGCCAUUUUUCAAACCGCCGGAUUCGAAACUAGUUCGUCGACAAUGACGCUGUCGCUUUAUGAGCUGGCCAGGAACGAGGCUCUGCAGGAACGUCUGCGGGAAGAGAUCGUUGAUUUUUUCGGUGACGAUGACCAUAUAAGCUAUGAGCGUAUUCAGGAGAUGCCCUACCUAUCUCAGGUUGUCAACGAGACACUCCGCAAGUAUCCUAUCGUGGGCUAUGCAGAACGUGAGUGCUCUCAACCGGCGGAAGGUGAGCGAUUCAACCUAAAACCUUAUCACAACAUGGAGCUGCCGCACGGGAUGUCCAUCUAUAUGUCCACUUUGGCCAUUCAUCGGGAUCCCCAGUACUGGCCGGACCCAGAGAAGUUCGAUCCGGAGCGCUUCAGUCCGGAGAACCGCGAAAAUCUUAACAUGGACGCAUACAUGCCUUUUGGUGUUGGACCGCGAAACUGCAUUGGCUUGCGGUUGGGUCUGCUUCAGUCUAAGCUUGGACUUGUGCAUCUUUUGCGCAACCACAAGUUCCACGUGUGUGAUCGAACUGUUAAAAAGAUCGAGUGGGCUCCAGUUAGCCCGGUUAUUGCUUCUAAGCACGAUGUUGUCCUUCGAUUGGAGAAGGUUUCCCGGAACUAAGUUUUUGGAGAAAGAUUACCUACGAAAUAGAAUUGUGAACUUACAACCGACAAAAUAAAAAAUUAAAAAAGAGAGAA